GCCAUCAGAGAGGAGGAAGCUCUUCAGACCUCCACAAGCUCAUCCCUUUGUUCUCUCCAGAACACAUCCCUUUCAUGUCUUCUGAGACUUCUUAAGGAGCUUAAAGUCUGAGGCAGCUGAAUCUGUGCAUCUGCAGGUCAGAUGUUGGUUCUUGGAUAUUUUUACAGCUAGUUUGAGAUUCAGGACUUUUCCUGGAGGACAUCUGCCUCAUCCUCGUCAGUGCUGCGCUUCCACUGGAGAAAUGAGGGCUGAGGUGCUGCUCGUCUGGGUGGGUUUGACCCUGUGCUGCGCUUUGGUCUGCGCUCGAGAGGACGUGAAGGACAGCAAACUGUCCAGAGCCCGAGCGCUGGCCGAGCACAGGAGACAGGGGGAGGAAGUGGAUGUCGGAAUGUCAGAUGAGCCUGCUGAAGCGGUGGAGGAGGAGAAGUCAAAACCAAAGAAGAAGAAAUCACCUGAGGAAAUUGAGGCAGCCAGAGCAAAGAAAGCAGCAGAGAAAGAAGCAAAAGCAAAGAAGCAGAAAGCCCCAAAACCCACCAAAAAGCCAAAACCCCCGAAGCCCACCAAAAAGCCCAAAGCACCAAAACCCACCAAGAAGCCAAAGGCACCCAAAGCCACCAAGAAACCAAAGGCGACGACCACAGCGCAGCCAGAGAGCAGGCGUCCUUCGCUGGAGGAGGAAGAGGAGAAACUGCUGAUUGAACUGGGCUGGGACACACUGUUUCGACCAGUGACCCCAGGGGGGCCUGGAGAGCCCGUCGAGCCGGACCUGGUUGACGUCUCCAAGAAGCCGACAUCGCCGCCAAAAACUGGCAGCGAGCUCGAGGUCGACUACUGGGACGCCAGACGUGAGAUGCCUGGUGGACUCCCUGACAAGAAAGACGUCACAACUACUGAGGUCAUCAUGUAUAUACCAGAGGAGACCACCACCGUCCCGUAUGUCGGCCCCUGGUACGAAGAAUACGAUUACGCCGACCUGGCUGCGAAGAAACAAGAAGAAGAGGAGGAGAGAGCUCGAAAAGAAAAGGCAGAAAAAGCUGAGCGGCUGAGGAAGCAGUGGGAGGAGGAGGAAGAGGAGAGGCUCAGGCAGAUUUCAGUGCCCGCUGAACCGAAAAAGUGUCCUCCACUGGGUUUGGAGUCUCACCGGGUGGAGGACGACCAGCUGCUGUCUUCCUCUCAGUCUCACCACGGCUUCACGGCUCAGAGGGGACGCCUCAACAUGCAGGGCUCUGAUAAUGACGACGAUCUGUACGGCGGCGGAUGGUGCGCAGAGCCGGAGGAGCGUAACCACUGGUUUGAGGUGGAUGCCCGGCGAGAGGUGGAGUUCACUGGGGUCAUCACUCAGGGAAGAAACUCGGAGCAACAUGAGGAUUUCAUGUCCUCCUACUUUGUGGCCUUCAGUAACGACAGCCGUGACUGGACAACGCUGCACGAUGGCUACGCUGAAUGGUUGUUCUAUGGGAAUGUGGACAAGGACACGCCGGUGAUGAAUCAGUUCUCUACACCCGUGGUGGCGCGCUACAUCCGCAUCCUGCCGCAGAGCUGGAACGGCAGCUUGUGUCUUAGAGCCGAGAUCCUGGCCUGUCAGCUUCCCAGCAGCUACCAGAGUGAGAAUGAAGUCGACCCGACAGAUGACCUGGACUUCAGACACCACAACUACAAGGAGAUGAGACAGAUGAUGAAGGUGAUAAACGAAGAGUGCCCCAACAUCACCAGGAUCUACAACAUCGGAAAAAGCUCUCAGGGUCUGAAGAUGUACGCCAUGGAAAUCUCUGACAACCCCGGAGAACAUGAGACAGGUGAACCUGAAUUUCGGUACACAGCUGGUCUCCACGGUAACGAGGCGCUGGGUCGAGAGCUCCUUCUCCUGCUGAUGCAGUUUCUGUGCAAGGAGUAUAACGAUGAAAACCCCAGAGUGCACCGCCUGGUGGACGGAGUGAGAAUACACCUGGUGCCCUCACUCAACCCUGACGCUUACGAGCUGGCGUACGAGAUGGGUUCAGAGAUGGGGAACUGGGCGCUGGGCCACUGGACUGAAGAAGGUUAUGACAUCUUCCAGAAUUUCCCAGACCUCAACAGCAUCUUGUGGGGAGCCGAGGACAGAGGCUGGGUCCCUCGGAUAGUGCCCAAUCAUCACAUCCCCCUCCCAGAAAACUCCCUCAAUGGCUCUCUCGCCACUGAAACAAAAGCCAUCAUUUCCUGGAUGGAGCGCAACCCCUUCGUGCUGGGAGCGAAUUUGCAAGGAGGAGAGAAACUGGUCACGUACCCUUUUGACAUGCAGCGUCCACCCAUUUCUUUAACCGACAGCCGGCGUUGGAGAAAUAAUGCCGAGAUGAACGAGGAGACGUGGGCUCGCAUUCAACGGCAGAACGAGGGAGCGCUGAGGGAGACGCCGGACGACGCCAUGUUUCGAUGGUUGGCGAUGUCAUACGCCCACAGUCACCUGACCAUGACGGAGACGUACCGGGGCUCCUGUCACGGCGAUGAUAUCACUACGGGACAGGGCAUCACCAACAGAGCCAGCUGGAAGCCAGUGGUGGGCAGUAUGAAUGACUUCAGCUACCUGCACACCAACUGCUUUGAGCUGUCCAUCUUCUUGGGUUGUGACAAGUUUCCCCAUGAAAGUGAGCUGCCUCUUGAGUGGGAAAACAACCGCGAGGCUCUGUUGUCCUUCAUUGAACAAGUACAUCGAGGGAUAAAGGGUGCAGUGAGAGAUGUGGAGGGAAAUCCGCUGCCUAAUGCCACCAUAUCUGUGGAGGGGAUACGGCACGAUGUGAAAACUGCUGCAGGUGGUGAUUACUGGCGGCUGUUGAAUCCUGGAGAGUACAGGGUGACCGCCAAAGCUGACGGCUACACCCCUCAGACCAGACUAUGCAUGGUGGGCUACGACUCCGGAGCUACUCCAUGCAGCUUCACCUUAGCCAAGUCCAACUGGGACCGCAUCAAACAAAUCAUGGCGCUCAACGGCAAGAGGCCCAUCCGACUCGUCACCAGACCGAACGUGGCGAGGACGACGGCAGCCAGCGCCGUGGAGAUCGUCAGCACCACAGAAAGUCACGCCAGCAUUCAGAGGGCGGAGCGACUCCGGCGGCUCCGGAUCAUGCGUUUGCGCAGGUUACGGCAGCAGAGAUUACGAGCCGGUCUCAGUACCACGCCUGCUACCACAACAACUACCACGACCACAACGACAAGAGCUCCCACGACAAGACCCGAGACAGAGAGAACCACCUCCUGGUACGACUCCUGGUUUCCUGUAGACAGCUGGUCCACCGAGAACCCAUUCGAUAGCGUCAUCUUUGACUCCGUGCCCACACAGGACUAUCCGUUUGAAUACACUAUUGAUUGAUUUGUACUUUCAGUGGCCCCACAUCUAUGUUAAACAAAGACCUUACUAACCACACAACAUCACAGCUUUAAAAAUACACAGUACUUAGGUUGUUGUAGUUCUCACAAGGUUUCCACUUGUUGGGUAAACAUUUUGAGACAGGAUAAAUAUGAUUUUUUUUGGAAAAUUCUUCACAGAGGAUUGAUCUGGAAUAAGAAACUUCUGCUGAGCAGAGACCACACAGCACACAUUUAAUUGGCUCUAUGUUCAGUAAAACAGUGCACAAUAAGCCACAACACAAAGAUAUGAUUACUUCUCCAUUAGAAAUGUACUGUGUGUAUAUCUUUGUUUCUUUAAAGGCCUUACAGUGUGAUUUCAGGCCUCAGUUAAACGGAUUUAAUGUACUGCUGAAUGCAUUUGAUUAAAAUGAAG